AUGGCGGCAAACCAGGAGAAGGAGAACACGCCGGAGCAGGAGCAGACGAAGCCCUGGGGGCGAUUCACGUUCGUUUCCAAAGAGCCAGCGGAAGACAGCGACCACAUCUACUUCCGCAACAAAGUGACCACGAUCGGCCGCAACAAACGUCGUUGCGAUAUCGUGAUCGACAAGCUCUUCAUCAGCAGCGUGCAUUGCGUGGUACAGUUGAAUGGUACAGACAACACGGGAAAGCCAAUUGCCAAGCUCAGUGAUAACAGCCGCAACGGUAUUUGGGUCAAUGCGGAUCGUGUCGGCAAAGGAGCUUCGGUGACGUUGGGCAACGGGUACACUGUCCACUUCACUAAGCCUGGCACUACUCCAGCAGGAGUCACUCCAAUGGCAUACAAGUUUGAGUUUCUGAACUCUCAUAGUUCUCGUCCUGCUUCCCCGAAGAGUGAGGCAAACGAAGUACCAGAAGACAUUAACAUGACCGUUGUAGCAGACGAGUCUUUCGAGGCUACACAAUUGGAUAUCCAUGCAGAUCCGCCAUCUCCGUCAGAGAAAAAGCGCAAGCGAGAAGAUGAAGAGCCUGCAGCUGUAGCUGUUGCUACACAGGAACUUGAACGCAUGCUGAAGGCUGCUGAAUCUCAACUCAUGGCUACACAAAGCAAGUUAAAGGCUGCAGAAGCCCAGACUGCAGCUCUGAGCGAAGAACUGGAGCAAAAUGCUGGAGGUAGCGACGGUGGAGAACCUUAA